ACAUAUAUAUGUAAAAAGAAAAAAAAAGGACGAAUUCGGCCGAGGAACCAUGUCACAGGAUUUGCAUUAUUUGGUCACCAAACAAGAAGGCAGAAAGCAACAUCGACACAGAGACAUGUUUGACCAAAUUCUUUCCUAGAUAUAUCUACAGCGACCAUUCCUUCGUUUCCUCCAGAACACAAUCUACCUGAAGAAAUUUUGGAAGAAAUAAAGCAGGAACAAAUCAAAACCAGCCACCGCCGAGAGGCAUUCCUGACAUCACAGCCAGAGCUCAAGCUUCACGAUCUCCGCAACUGUUUGCCGUGUUUCUUUAAGACUUGAUCAAUGAUGAGCAAUUGGGCCAGUGACCGCAACCAACUAGUUCAACAACAGCAACAACAACAACAGCAACAGCAGCAACAACAGCAGCAAGCCAUGGCUGCCAACUACCAAUCCAACUACAAUCCGGCUAUUUCUCACUCUGGUAUGAAUAUAUCCAUGACGCCAAUGACGGCAACUAUCAAACGAGAGCCAAUGCCAUAUAGCAGCAGCUGCAGUGGAAGUUCUGCAGGUGCUGCAUUUGGCAGCGUGCAGCAGAUUCCUUCACGGUCUUCUGGUGCUUCUCUCGGCAACCAAGCUUUGUCCAGUGUUGGCGGUGAGACAAUGUACUAUAGCCAUGGUGUCCCAUUUGCGGGCAAUCCACAAGGAAGCAACGUAGCCCGGAUUUACCAAAAUGCAGGUCCUGCUCCCCAUCCGUCACAGAAUGUCGCUAAUAUCCGCUACCAGAACCAGUCCCCUUCAAACCAAGUCGUGCGCCUUUAUCAAAGCUCGUCAUCUCCGAAUAAUUCAGCAGCCAGAUACCAACGUUCGUCACCAAACAAUGGCAACAUUGGUGUCCGAUUCCAGUCGACAGCGCCCCCGUCUCAACAAGGGGCUGGUGGUGUCAGUCUAAGAUACCAGCCCCCACAAGGUAGCAUGGCUAAUGUCCACUACCAGACACCAGUAUCAAACCCGAACCAAACGAUACGUUAUGUGAACCAGUCAUCUGAGAUUGCAAUGGUUAACCAGCUGCAGCAGCAGCAACAACAACAGCAGCAGCAAGGCACCAAGCAGUUCUUACCAAGUGCUCAAGAUCUACGCAGCCCUGCACUCUCAGCACUUUUGGCCGGCAAAGCUAACCAAGUGGCUAGCCAGAACAGCAGCUAUGCGCACCAACAGAGUCAGCACUACAACAGCAACAGACAGAAUCCUAAUGCUCUCACGCUGCGUACAUUACAACCGAAACCCAGUCCUCCAGCAUACCCGAACACCCCAAGACCGUACCCCGUUGGGAGCCAGCCGAGUCUUCAGUACAGUAACCCACAACCUUUGCUUAACCAGCAAGAGAAGGACAGCAAUUACUUGAACCAACAACCCUUAAUGCCAACGCUAAAUCAGCUGCUGCAGGCAAACCAAUUCUCCCAGCUGAAUGCUAACAAGGCAGUGGUUAAUCGACAAAAUCAGUUUACCCAACAUUCAGCCAGUCCCUACCGUAUCCACCCCUCAAUUACCCAGGCUCCCAAUGUCACUGUCCAGAUGUACAACCAGGCACAGAGUACAUUCGGCAUGGGUGCGAAUCAGCCAAAGGCCCCACCGAGUUCCUCCAUGCCGCCUCCCCCUCCAUCCUCAUCCAUUAACAAACUGGCCAAUUAUCCGGACACUGCCCCUGCUCCUGCCCCGGCUUCAUCGUCCUCCUCCUUUUCAUUGUGGCAUAAACCAUCACAGUGGAACACAAGCUCAGACAAUUACACUAGCUCCAGCCAACAACAGCAGUUGCAGCAGCAGCAGCAACAGCAACAACAACAACAACAGCAACAGUCUCAACAGCAGCAACAACAACAACAACAGCAGCAGCAGCAGCAGCAGCAACAGCCACAACAGCAGCAGCACCAACAGCAGCAGCAACAACAACAGCAGCAGCAGCAACCCCAACCUCCUCCACCUCCUCAGUUACAUCAGUUGUUACAACAACAACAACAGCAAAGUAAACCUCCUGCUGCCCACCCCAUGGAGAAGGCUAUUGUACCCACCACAAUUAUGUCAAACACAUUUCACAACACAUUUGCCACCAACAGCAACGCUGGGAGCACCAACGUAUCCCUCCAGCAAACCCCACAGACAUCCUCCUCCUCCUCCUACAUGUCCAACCCCAGCCACCUUUCAUCGGCACCUUUGCCCUCAUCGGCCACCUCUUCCUCUGACAAAGAUGGGCCGCUGUCCGACAAGAUGAACAUUGACGAAGACCUCCAGCUGCCAGCGAUCGACGACCUCUCAAACAUCGUUCGCCAAAUCAUCGACGACUGCUGGGCAGAUAAUGACUUUGAUCAUCGCACAUUCGACUCACCCGAGUUAAUCCUGGGUAUCAACUCAGAGUCGCGGAGCUCGUCCCAGUCCCAAUCGCAACCUUACAACACCGACAAGGAUGGACGCGCCACGAGCAAGUGCAUACCGAAUCCGCGUAGCAAAGACGCAAGCAUCAUCAGACACAUUCCGAGCGACAUGCAAGUCAUGAAAGACUUAGAAACAGCGCCCGACAACAGUGCUGCCGCCAACAAAGGCAGCAAGGGGAUGCCGCCAAUGAACUCACGCCUCAAGAAUGGCAACAACGAUUCUCAAAGAGCCUCAACUACCAAUUCUUCAAGUGAACCCGAAGAGGAAAUGCUGGACAUUACUGAUGCUGAGCUUCAGUCUCUCUUUGAGAACAAAGACAAACUGCCAGUUCUUCAUGUUGGUAUGUGUGGUUCUGAACUUGUAAUAGAAAUGGUUGGAACCAACCCACAAGAUCUAAUGAAACAAUUUGGUGAAGUUUCUGGAUAGAAAACCACAGACAUAAUAUCUUGUGACAUUUUUCAUUGUACAAUUGUUUUUGUUUUUUAGUUUUCUUUUUUUUUCUUUUCUUCCUUGUUUUUGUCAUUUUAAUCUUCUCAUCAUUUCUCUCAUUCUCUUUCCAAUUAUUAUUAU